AUGGGUCAGUUCUACUCAGCACCAGCGAAGAAGGAGGUGAAGUGGUACAAUGACUUCGAGGAGACGAUCCCUUCGCUCUCCGGCAAGGUUAUUGCCAUCACGGGUUGCACCACAGGGACGGGGUUUGUGGCAGCGAGGACGUGCGCGAAGAAGGGAGCUACUGUCCUGAUGCUCAACAGGAAGAGCGAGAGGUCGGAGGAGGCGCUGAAGAAGAUCAAGGAGGAGUUCCCGGAGUCGGAGGUCGUGUGGGUAGAGUGUGACUUGCAGUCCUUCAAGAGCGUGCGAGCAGCAGCGGCAGAGAUCAAGAAGAAGUAUUCGGGAGGGAUCGACGUCUUGUGCAACAAUGCGGGGAUGAUGAUGAUGGACAGCCAGACUGGAGAGGACGGCUACGAUCUGGAGGAAAUUGGGUUGGGGGGAAAGAGGCUGACGCGUGGGUGGCAGAUGACUGUAAACCACCUGUCACACUUCUUGCUGACGAAAGAGCUCUUCCCGCUGCUGUCGAAGAAAGCAGAGUCGACGGGAGAUGCAAGGAUCGUGAAUCAUUCCAGCGGAGCAAGGAAGAGGCCUGAAAAGAAGCUGGAUCCCGAGUACCUGAGCAAGAAGACUACGGACUUGGGUGGAAACGACUUGAACUCCCGCAUUACGCGGUACCAGCAGACAAAACUUUCCAACUGCGUCUUCACCUUUGCCUUGCACGACAAGCUUCAGGCGAAGAACAGCAAAGUGAAGGUGCUAGUUGCUCACCCAGGCUUGUCUGCCACCAACCUGCAGGCGAGCUUGACUUAUGGACGAGGAGGAGGCGGGGGAGGGAGGACGAGGACGAGGAUGUGA